CACGAGGGUCGUCUGUGGCCCGGUUGAUCUCGGCCGUGGCCUCACGUAGCCUGAUAAGCGUGUUCUCGAUCUCCAUGUGCGAAUAGGGACAGUCCACCACCGGCGUAUGCUUGAGCAGCUCGGAGAAGAGCAAAGGGUACUUGCAUACCCGUUGAAUCGGCUGCCAACAUUAGCUUCAAUGCCCUGCAACGUCACACGCAGCACCUGGCAGCCUUACUUUGACAAGAAGGUCACCGAUGGUCAGACUCUUCUUGGAAUGAUCGCCUUGGCUGUCGAUCGAGCCCACGGAUGCAGCGAGAACUUCCAAUCCCUUUUGAUACGACUGCCACCCUGGCAUUGUCCGAUGGGCAGAUGCGACAUCUUUAAUCAUGAGUUCGUACUUUGCCCCGUACUCUUCAUAGAUAAAGAAUCGAUUCAUCUGCAAGUUUUCUCUGGUUAGCAUGCACGCUUCCUCGGAAAAUAAAACCUGGGGCGUGCCGCUUGCCUUGUUCUUGAAGAUCUUUGCAACUUCUGCCACCGUUUGGGGCUCUGCGAGCAACCCGGGCACAUCUCGCAGCCAUGCUACCCCGUCUUUGUCCUCCGGGACAGCAUCAAGGCUCCUCCAACGCUGGUGUCCACGGGCAGCUUGGUUGGCUUGGGGGGCUUGAAGCGGCACAUCGAGCUGAGAAUAUUCAGAGUGAGGGACCGCUCGAUGGAGCUCUCCUAGCAUUUCCUCGUGCAGCUCCACAAUGUCGGUCAAGUUCUGGUUGAUGGAGGAACGUACGGCGACGGGUAGUGUCGGUAAAGAUGCUAGUAUCGUGACAUAUACCUGCACAGAUAUUAGAUAUGCAAAGGUCCAUCAAGAUACACAAAUAUACCAACAUUCAUCAGGAACCUCACGUCCCCAAUAUAGCUCUCUUCGUGCCCCGAAUCCCAAGUCAUCGAACUUCUCCCUUCCAUAUCGAGACAGCAUGGUGUAUUAUUGCCAUCGCCCCCAAACAGUUCCUGACGACGCAACGCUCGUUUAUGCAACGUCUUUAUCCAUUUCUGAAACGGCUUGAUCGGUUCGGACGCCGGCGGCUGGUGUUGACAAACUCCAGCUUCAGUGGUCCCCUGGUGGAUGAAUACUUUCUUCUCUAAGUCCUGCUCUUGCACCACAGUGCCCAUGGCACCAAUGGCAUCCAUGAAAUCGAUCUUAUCCAAAGCGCACCAAUCCUUCGUUCUCUCGGCGCGCGUCUCUCCCUCGGCGUAGUCGGCCAGUCUGUCCCUGUCAGACUGUGUAAGACCAUUGAGCGUGCCAGACGGGAGUAGCGAAGAGAACGAUAUAGUAUGGAUAUCCGUGAGUGACAUUAUGCAAGGUUGAGGUCCAAGAAACAAAGAUUCAAAACUGUCUUCCAACAAGCCGGUUGGAGGGGAGGAGUCCAACACAGCGAACCAGCAGGAGGUGGCGUCUAUCGAGUCAAAUCAAAACAUGCUGCAACAGAGAGAGAGAGAGAAGAAGAAGAAGAAGAAAGAAGAGCCCCAGCAGCGUAAAAUGAUGUGUUACUGGUGUUGGAGAGACGACCGAGAUGUUUUGGCCGAGCAGGACGAAGAAGCAAGAAGGUGCAGAGAUUGAUCGGCCACCGACAUUGGAGGCGCCGGGCACGUACUGAGGUUCAUGUAUUUUGGCCAGGUGGAAGGAACAUGUGGUGGUCUAAUCUCCCCAAACGGAAACUUUGGCUUCCUACAUCCGGAUUGGGGGGUCGGGUGUUUUGAUGUUUGAGUUUGAGGUGUUUAACCCACCCAAAAUCUGUAAGUUGAGACCGAGAGGGCAGCCACGACCGUCUUCGUCAAGCCAGGGCAAGCCGAGGCGCCUCAGCAGCCUCUGGCUGCUGACGAGCACUUGCUCGAUGCAUCAAGCAACGACAGGAAAAAACAUCAGAGACAGCAGCGGCGGCGAGCUGGCAGCGAGAAUCAUGCAGCACGCGGGUCUGAUUGGAGCGCCAUCCGGACUGCCACGAUGGCCACCUCCCAGCCACGUCUCCUGUCCGAUUGGACCCGGAAGCGUUUGGGCAGCAUCAAUGACGACGCGAAAAGAUACUGGAGGCGUUGGCCGAUCACGCCGAUAUCUGCCAGAACAGGCCCUGUUCCACAAGGCUUUCUUCAGCCUAGGAAUAUCUUGAACCAAAAGAAUUACAUCGGGUCUCUGCGGCGACCUUUCCGACUUCGGAAUAUUCAACACGAAAGAGGCGGUGAUUGUAGAAGUGAUUGACUGAGACAUCUGCUCGCGGUUGGGGGCAAUGGUGGAAAGGAAAGAGAAGACGAUCUGGAAUGCACAAUUCGGCAUCUCAAUCUCGGGACGGCGUGUGGAUCAACUGCCCGCAUAUACCACGAAACCGCAUCGAAGGUGUGAAUGUUGGUGUGAGUGGAUGUUGGAUCGAUGAGACGGGACUCACGGGAGGCGAUUGCUGCCGGGGGUACCCUGCUGUACCGCCGGAACGGGACGCGCUUCCAGGGUGGUGGUGGGGAGGAGGGCGGCGCGGGGGUUCACUUGCCCAGAAGGCGCCCUGGUUGCGGUCAAUGAUUGCUACCCCGCCAAACUUGAACAUUCCAGAGCUGCAGAGCUGUGAGAUCCGCCGAACGCGUCAUUGGUGGGAGGCUGAUUUGUGUGAUGGAAGCUUCCUUAUUCUUAUUUCCAUUCCAGCAAACCACCGCCACUUGCAUUUCAGCUAUCACCAGGUAUCGCCGAACAUCAUGAGCAACCUUCAUGCGCCGACGGUUCCAUCAGGGCCUACCACUGUCCCCGUCACCAACGGCCAUGCUACACAUCUGUCCAUUCGAGAGCUCCAGCGCAAGAAGGACAACAUCGAGGCCGAACUCAGAGCACUCGGUGGCGUGCUGGACUCGGUGCGUUGUCGCACAACCUGUAUGGGCAAUGCGCUUCGCUAACCAGAAGUAUGCAGCAUGGUGUCGACAUGAACACGAGUCUCCUCACCCGCGAUGGUUUUCCCCGAGCCGAUAUUGAUGUGGCGCAAAUUCGAACCACAAGAGCACGCAUCAUCCAUCUUCGAAAUGACUGGAAAGACUUGAUGGCUUUGAUUGAGAAGCGCCUUCAUGAGCACUUUGCCAGUCUAGAGGACAAUGACGACGAUACAACAGUGAACGAUCCUACCAGUGUCAACGUUGCCCUUCCACAAGACUCGGUACCCGACACACCUGAUCCAGCCUUUGCCAAGGUUAACACAGUGGUGGAGAAUAGCCCCGCUGCAACAGCAGGACUCAAGCCUGGGGACUUGAUUCGAAACUUUGGCUAUGUCAAUAGAGAGAACCACGAUGGCCUACGGAAAGUGGCUGAGUGCGUCCAAGGCAAUGAAGGGUUUCUCGAACAAAUGGAGGAGGAGGAGGUCACGCACAGGAAUUGA